AAAAAUCAAGUUCAACUUUGAUUCAAAUCAAUUGAGAUUGCAAUCAUAAUAACAGAUCAACCAUUUUCCAGUGAACAUUCAGUUUUGUCAAAAACAAAUUUGAUUCAACCUUACAAUUAUUGAACAAGACUAUGAUUGUAGUUCAUAAUGAAUCCUUUUUUUACCUCAAAUUUUGUCGUUUGUCAUCAAAUUAUCCCAGUUAAUGUUGAACUCUUAUUAAACAAUUGGCCAACAUUGUUUAAGGUGUCAACAUUAAUUGUUAGAGUUAUUAAUUUGGUCGUCAUUUUGGCCAAUAUUUUGUAUAUGAAUGCUUGCUACGACCACUGUGACUGAUUCAGUUUCAAUUCAUCAGAUCAUCUUGUAAGGUGAUCAAUUUUUAGACCGAUAGAGUUACAUUAAGUAUUAUUCGUCAUUUGUUAACAUUGAGUCAACAUGAAGCUCGCUAUUGUUUUUGCUUUGGUCGCCCUUUACAUUGUGGCUGUUGCCUCUCAUCGUCAUCAUCAUUGUUGCCACAAAAGUGUUCAUCACCAUCAUAAACACGAGGGAAAGAAGGUUCAUCAUCAUCAUGGACAUCAUCACGGACACCAUCAUGGACAUAAACAUGGACAUCAUCAUGGCCAUAAGCACUCUCAAGGUCACGAGCACGGUCACAAGAGCUGGGGUGACUGGGGUGGUUGGGGAGGCCACACUGGACACUCUGGAUGGGGAGGAUGGGGUGGUCAUAGUCACGCUCAUGCUGCUUUAUCUCAUGUAAGUUCAAUAAUUUCAACCAAUUUCAGUAUAAACAAUGAUAUCAAUUUUUCUUGUUUAACAAAUAGGCUUGGAAUGGUGGAUGGGGAUGGGGUCAUCAUGGCCAUCACGGACAUCAUGGACAUCAUGGACACCAUGGACAUCACGGUUGGGGUCAUGGUCAUGGCUGGGGCUGGUGGUAAAAAUUGGUUUAAUCAUUUACAGAUUUCUGGCAAAUAAAAAGUCUUAAGUACCAAAAAACCAACAAAAACGGAAAAUCCAAUAGACCAGACAAAGACGAUGUUUCAGUAAUCUUAUACAAAUUGAGCUUUACUAAAAGCAUGCUUCAAGUUUUUAAUCGUUCACAUGUAUAAGUGUUGAUAUUUUAAUCAAACCUUAUUGUAUAUCAGAUCUUUACUUGUUUAUAUCUUGAAUAUUUUGUUAUUGUAAUUGUAGUGCGUAUUUUAUGAAUUAUCUGUUGAUCAGUUCUUUUCUUUCUCAAUGUCAGUUGUACAAAAUAAAACCUGAACCUCUUUCAAUGUUUUCAAAAUAAACAAAAAAAUUGAACUCUUAA